AUGAAAAUUGAAGACAUCGAGGAGGCGAUUCGAGUGCGCGAUGUCCACAUGCCAAACACGCGUCUGAUUUGCCUCGAAACCACUCACAACUAUUCGGGAGGACGAGCUCUGCCUAUGGAAUAUAUCAUAUCGGUGCGAGAGUUGGCCUCAAGAUAUGGUCUCAAUGUUCAUAUCGACGGAGCUCGCAUCUACAACGCUUCCAUAGCUCUCGGAGUUAAGGUACGCGACAUCGCUCAGUACGCGGAUUCGGUUAUGAUGUGCUUCUCGAAAGGUCUUGGUGCACCGGUCGGUUCAAUACUUGUUGGAUCGAAAACGUUCAUCGACAAGGCUAGGCGAAGUCGGAAGGCAGUGGGUGGUGGAUGGCGACAAGCUGGUGUACUAGCGGCUGCAGCACAUGUUGCCCUUGACAAAGCAGAGGAUACCAUAAAAAGAGACCACGCCAACGCAAAGAAACUUGCCUCUGGUAUCAAUGCGAUAACACCGGAAGAACUUAAACAUACCAUCCACGCUCCAGAUGUCGGAAUUACGAACAUGGUCAUAUUAAAAUGUUGCAACGGUGUAUCUCCAAUACAG